UCUAUCUUCUUACCAGUGGGGAGGAUUGAGUAAGAGCCUGCCUGACCCAGUGGGUCUGUGUCUGCAAUUUCCAGAAGACCAAGAAGCCCGAGGUUCUCUUUUCAGAGUAACUGCGGUGGCUCCGGAUGGGGAAGUAUUUCUCACAAGCUUCCCCACUGAUCACUAGGACUUCUUGUUAACAGCCUUGACAUUUCACCUCCUUCCUCUUUUAGUUUGAUCCACCAGUGGGAAGUGCCCGAAGGAGGAAGUGUGUGAGAGUGAGAAUAAGUGAAAGCAGCAGGCUUGGAAGAUGAUGGCAUCGAGUCUGUAGCUGGCUCUCGCUGACGGGCUCGAUGCACGGGGAACGUGAGAGGAGAGAGAUGUACCUGCUGCUGCUCUUCCCCCUCCUCUUCCGGGUUUCAGGCUCAAAUCCCAUCACGGGUCCAGAGGAAGUGAGUGGCAUGGAACGGGGCUCCCUGACUGUGCCGUGUCGCUAUGAUCCAGUGUGGAAGACCUACAGGAAGUGGUGGUGUCGAGGAGCUGCUUGGAGUAGCUGCAAGAUCCUUGUUCAAACUACUGGAUCAGAGCGGGAGGAGAGGAAGGGCCGUGUGUCCAUCAUGGACAGUCAGGGAAACUUCACGUUCACCGUGACCAUGGAGGAGCUCAGGCUGGACGAUGCAGACACCUACUGGUGUGGGAUCGAGAGAGCCGGAACCGACCUGGGCCACCAUGUCCGUGUGCUCAUCAGCCCAGGAGGAUGGGAGAGAUCCCAGAGGCGGGAGGUGAGCCAGGGUGCAUGGGCGUCUCCUGUUGUUUCCAGCAGUGACUCUAUGAAGCUCAGUGUCCUCCUGCCCCUCGUCUUUGCCGUGUUGCUGCUUUUCUUGGUGGCGGCCUCAGUCUUGGCUUGGAAAACAGCAAAGCGACAGAAGAAAGCUGCUGGCAUAUCCCCAGAGCAGGUGCUCCAGCCCCUGGAGAGCGACCUCUGCUAUGCCAACCUGACUCUGCAGCAGACUGGAACCACCCCCAGCUCCUCCAGGAAGAAGACUUCCACGAAGCUCUGCCCUUCUGCCCAGGAGGACAAGGCGGAAGUGGAAUACAUCACCAUGGCUUCCUUACCAAAAGAGGACAUUUCCUAUGCGGCUUUGUCUUUGGACACCCCAGAUCAGGAGUUGAUCUACAGCAACAUGGACGGCCUCAUCACCCACCGUCACUGCGGGAGCCACGAGGAAACCACGGAAUACAGCACCAUCAUGAAGCCUUAGCCUACACUAAAGACCCCGUCCUCAACCCCACGCGAGGCAUGUCAGCACGUUCCUGCCUCGUCUGCUUUCUGCUCCCAGUCCCCUCAUGGGGACCUACCGGUGACUGAGGCCUCUGCCUGACGCAGUCGGCAUCACCCUCA